UCUACCAACCCAUGAUCACAUGUAGAUUAAAGACCGAAAUCCCUACAACCAAUACGUACAGAAACCAAACAAUGAAUCAGCACUUUAGACCCGUGUGUGAACUCGUGGCUGUAUAUAAACGGGUAUAAAACGCCCCUAGCCGGUCACUUGUGUGUUUUCUCUGAUCAGUAAUAGUCGUACCGGCAUGCCUACCUACAAGUUGACGUAUUUCGAUAUCCGCGGACGAGGGGAGCUCAUUCGAAUGCUGUUCGUUCUUAGCGGUAAAGAAUAUGAAGACAAGAGGGUACAGUUUGCAGACUGGCCGAAACUUAAGCCAACCCUUCCCGGUGGUUCUCUGCCUAUUCUAGAAAUCGAUGGUAAAGUGUACACACAAAGUUUGGCUAUUGCCCAAUACCUGGCUAAAGAAUUCAAGUUGUCCGGGAAAACCAGCCUAGAAUGUCUGAGAGUGGACGAAGUGGUACACACAGCAGAGGACAUGCUGCAAGCAAUGGCCAAAUCCAUGUUCGAAAAAGAUGAAACAAAGAAGAAAGAGAUGAUUGAGAAACUGGCUAAAGAAGACGUACCACGUUUUACCAAAAUCUUCGAAUCGUUUCUCACUGAAAACAAAACUGGAUUCUUUGUUGGUAAUUCGAUUUCGGCUGCUGACCUUGCUGUUUAUAAUGUACUUGAAAGUGCCAUCACUAAACUGGGAGAGGCGGCGUUAAAAGACUCGCCCAAGCUGUUGGAGAACAGGAAGAAAGUGGCGGCAGAUUCGAAAAUCUGCAACUACCUCAAGAAGAGAAAACAGACCGACAUGUAAAAAUUAAGACUGUAUGUUUGUGCUGUGGUAUACAUGUGAUAUGACACGUUGCAAGGACAGAAUCUGAUAUGUUUUUUUAAGGGUGCGUGUGUCCCAAGGGCGGAAAUAUUGGAGAAUAACUAGAGACACAGGGACCAACUGAUGAAAAGGGAACCGCUAUAAAAGUUUGGCAUUCGUGAAAUCAAAAUUGUAAACAAAUUGUUACAAAAGGGGGAGGGCGCGUGUUAAUUUUGUUUAGGAGACACCUGUAUCCAUGGUCCACCCUCUUGGAUUCGCCCUUGUAUCCCGCGUAUAUUAGGUGAUAUGAUAGAGACAUGGUAUCGAAGUUAAGAAUUUGUUACCUACGGUAAUUUUGAAAGGUUUUUGUCAUAGGCAAAAUGCUCUAGUUCCCCUGCGGCAAUUUUGAAUCUGCCUACUGUAACGUUCCUUCAAUGGUCAUAGUGUUACAAUCGGCAAUCUUAAACCAGUAACUUUUGUUAUUCCUUAAACCGGCGGCAAUAAUGUUUAUUCAGAGGGAAAAUCGGCUAUCGGUAAAGCCUCAGAUCUAUUCAUAUCACAACCACGAUAAUCGCCGUCAGUGUUGCCGUUAAUUUCGAGCCAUGCAGUGUGCCCCGUUAUGACCCAAGUCUUAGAAGUCGCGUUUAAUUGUUUAAACUUUACAUUGUAUAUUAUUGUCAAAACAGACUAUAGCCACGAAUCAACUACAUACGCACACUAGACACCCAAUAGCAGAUGUAUUUUUCGUGCUGGGGUGUUAAAAUUGCAUCUCCAGUCUGAAACAGACUACGUUUUAAGUAUAUUUAUACACAAUUAGUUUAGUUAAUAAAAUAUGUUUUUGUA